AUCUAAAUCUUGUCUAAAACCAAAAACAAUAAUAUCGACAAUUUGAAUGAGUUUCAAAACAAAUUAAUGUUUCUAUUUUUUUAUUAUUAGGCAUUUAAUUUGUGAAAAUGAGCCAACGUAGAGCGAAUAGAUCGACGGUCGAUUCCGAAGAAACAGUGGACGAAGACGCAGUAAAUGAGUGCGUUCGAUUUAUAGUUUGCCGGGAAGGAAGCAAGAUUCCUAUAAAGCGGGCUGAAAUUAUGAAGCAUUUGAGCGCCACUACUCAGAUUCCAGGAAAUCAAGUCAAAAGUAUUCUGGUUGAAGCAAACAAGAUAUUGAAAAAGGUUUAUGGCUACAAACUGGUGCAAGUAGAAGCAAAAAGUGGAAUUCAGUACAUAGUAGUUCUAGAUGAAGAAUGUGAGUCAUUGACACCUUCUUAUGUUGACCUUCUUCAAAGAAGGUUGCUGGUGGCAGCACUGAUGCACAUAUACAUGACAGGAGGACCUGUCAAGGAAGAGGAUAUGUGGAAGUUUCUAUCUGAAGCAGGCCUAAUGGAAGAAAAUGAUCAUUCAGUGAGGAAAAUUCUAAUAACCACAUUUACAAGACAAAUGUACUUACAGUAUUCAAAGGUUGGUGAUGGGGAGCUGUCAAGAUAUGUGUUCGAGUGGGGCCAGCGAGCCGUGGAGGAAGUGCCCAAGCUGUUCCUGCUAAACAAGAUGGCGCAGGCCUUUGACAAAACCCCUGAAUAUUGGUGCGAACAAUACAAAGAAGCUACGGAAGAAGAAUCCUCAUAGAUUCCUGGUCGUUGAUUGGCUGAAACUCGUGGAGCAAUACCGACGCAGCUACGUAUUAGCUAAAACGAUGUCAAGCUAUACUGCACAGAUUUAAAACGUAAAGCUCAGUUCGACUGGCCUUUUUCCAUAUCUAAGUUGGGUAGUUGUCGGAUUUUGUUUUAUGUUAUUUUGUAUAGUCCUAAGCUGUCUUUAUCUGCAAUAAUCUUGCUGUAUAUACAUACAUACAUACAUAUUGCUACACGUCAUGUAAACCAAAACAUGUAUAUAAAUAACUAUACGUCGAAAGUUCAAAAACGAAUGAACCAGCAAUGUAUACCGAUUCCGACAAAAUUUGGCAAAUUGUUCGACGAUAUUGUGGAGCCGGCAUAAGGCAAAAUAGAAAUUGUGGAUCGAAAAUGACUUAUUUUUUUACUGAUUAGUGAUAUUAUUAGUUAUCUUUAGUGUAUUAAUUAUCUUUUGAACUUAAAUAAAAAUACGCCAAGCUAUUUUUAUUUGCAAUUUUGAUAUAACUUUUUGACCGAGCGAGAUCUACAAAUCGACUUGGUGCAAAAAUUCAUUUUUUGUAUGUUUGUAACGUGAUAACUUUCGAACCGUUGGUCUGAUUGAUGAAAUUUAAAAGGUAUGUAGGAUCUAUCAAUAGAAUUUUUACGUUCGUGGGGCAACAAAGUCGGUUUACCUAGUAGUUUUUGAGAUAUUCACACUUUUGUAAAAAAAAAAUUGUGUUCACGAGAUCUAAGUUUGCGGCCAACAACUAGUUAUGAGGAAAGAGGUAAUAAAACCAUGUAUUAAUGCAAAAUAUAUUUUAAUACUUAAGGA